UCCCUUUCCCGGAAGUCGCGUCCGUCGGGGCCGGGCUCCUCCCACCGAGCGCGACGUCAGGCCCAGCUCCUACCACUGCCUUGCCCCCGCCUCCCGGUGCGGGGAGGGUUGCCAUUUCCUCAGGAGAAGCCCCACCGCUUCCGGGCCUCCGAAGACUCGCGCCGAGGGUCUUGAAGGGGCCGAGGGUGCGGGCCCCGGGAGCGUGGGCGUCGAGUAGGGAAGGCCAAAGGCUGCCUCUCUCGCGGGCCGCUCCCGCACAGCGUCCCCCCCCCGCCUCCUGCACUCGCGCGGCACUUGGUUCCGCCGAGACCCACGACGGUUCCGCCCCCCUCUUCCUUGUCAUUGAUGUUGUUGUUCUUGUCAGUGCCGCAGCCCCGACCCCCGGGAGCUCGAAGCCGGGCCGGGGCCGCUCGGGUGGCGCGGUGGCGGCGGCAGCGGCGGCAGCAGCUGCGGCGGCUGCGGGGGCUGCUCCGAGGACUGCGGGGGCGGCCGGGAGCCGGCGGCCGGCGGCGCGGCCGGAUGGCUCUGUGCGGGCAGGCGGCGGGCGCCGCGUCUCUGCCCAGCGAGUUGAUCGUGCACAUCUUCUCCUUCCUGCCCGCGCCGGACCGGCUGCGGGCCUCGGCCUCCUGCUCGCACUGGCGCGAGUGCCUCUUUUACCCGGCCCUCUGGCCCCAGCUUCGCAUCUGCCUCCGCGUCUCUCCCGCGGAGCAGCCCCGGCUCGAAUUCCUCAUGCGCAAGUGCGGCUGGUUCGUACGGGAGUUGCGUGUUGAGUUCACCGCCGAGAACUACCUGAGCGGAGGCGGCGGCCCGGGCGACGGAGGUGGCUCGGACAGCGGCCCCGGAGGGGAAGAAGUCGAGGCCCUGCAGGUGUCGGCACGUUGGCUGGAAGUGCUGCGCACCUACCUGGAGCUGGUGCUGUGCGUGCUGGUCAGCAUCCGGAACAACAGGAACCUCCAGAAGUUUAGUCUUUUUGGAGACAUAAGCGUUCUACAACAGCAAGGAAGUUUGUCAAGUACAUACCUCAAUAAGGUGGACCCUGAUGGCAAAAAAAUUAAGCAAAUUCAGCAGCUGUUUGAAGAAAUAUUGAGUAAUAGUAGGCAACUGAAAUGGCUAUCCUGUGGGUUUAUGCUGGAAAUAGUUACCCCAACUUCACUGACAUCUCUCCCUAACUCUAUUGCCAACACAAUGGAGCACCUGAGUUUACUGGACAACAAUGUUCCUGGCAACAGCACUCUUAUCACUGCAGUCGAACUGGAGCGAUUCGUGAAUCUGCGCUCACUUGCCCUAGAUUUCUGUGACUUUACAACUGAGAUGGCAAGAGUCUUAACUGACAGCAGCCAUGUGCCUUUGCAACGCUUGUCUCUCCUGGUCCACAAUGCUUCUGUGAUGCACAAGUCUCUAGACAACAUGCCAAAUGAUGAGCAUUGGAAAGCCCUGUUAGGAAAGAGCGCCAGUCUUCGAGUCUAUAUAAUGGCAUUUGAUAUCAAGAGUGAAGAUAUGCUAAAGAUUCUGAAACCCAGUAUACCACUAGAAAGAAUUCAUUUUGAUAGCUACAUCACUUGUGUUUCAGGAGCUAUUGUUGAUCUUAUAUCCAGGCAAUAUGACAAGUUCCUCACACAUUUUAUAUUGAUGAAUGAUGUCAUUGACACAUCUGGCUUUCCAGAUCUUAGUGACAACCUAAAUGAAGAUCCAUUGGUUUUGUUAGCAUGGAGAUGCACAAAGCUGUCCUUUCUGGCAGUUCACGGUUACACAGUGUGGGCACACAACCUCAUUGCCAUUGCUCGUCUUCGUGGCUCUGAUCUAAAAGUACUUGAAGUCACAGAAGAAAGCAUUGAUUUUGACCAAGGUGAACUGGCUGACCAGGAUGUGGAUCCAGUGCAUAACCUUAUUGAGCAGGUAUCCCUGGGCUUAGGUCAACCUUGGCACGCAGUCAUGGACAUUGAAUCACUCAGUGUCUUCACUGAACCAAAUCGCCAUUUUUACAGAGAGAUGCAAAGCUUCAGUGAAGACAUUUAGCUUUUUUAAAAGUACUAUUCCUGUGGUUACAUAUGCAAGUAGGGUCUUAUUAUGUUUUUUUUCCAAUAGUGUGAAUUAAUCCAUGUGCUGUGUUUAAUCAGUAUUAGCUUUAUAGAAUUAUAUAUGUAUAUUCUACUUCUCGAUCAAAGAACGUAGUCAGGUAUUGGUUUAGAAGUUCAAGGUGACACUGUGUAGGGCUUUCACGGUUAAUAGACUUGUUACCAAACCUUAAGGAUAUACAACCGAAGGGUUGUCUGAGGUUGCUGGCUAACUUAAUUUUUCACUUAGUUACUCUGCCUUUUUGAUAUUUUUAUUUUUGUCAGAGUUCCCAGCUCAGGAGCCAAAAUAUUUUUAUACUUCUAUAGCUGUAUAUCCAUAGCCUGGUGGAUUUGUAUGCAAUGUACUGCAUCCAUGCAAUCAGAUAGCAUUUCACUCAUUUUUAUUUUUGAAAUAGAAAGGGGAAUAAUAUCCAUAUGAGUUAUCUAACAGAAAAGGCAACUUUAACUUUCAUUAUACAUGUAAUAGUUGAUCACCAAUUACCACUCUGAAUUUUGUGUAAUAUUAUUAGAACAUUGCUUAACCCCUUUUUUAAAAAAAUGCAUUUACAUAAACAUGAACACUGAUUUGCUAGAUUUUUUAAACUGUAGCUUAAUUUUAUUCAUCAACUAUAUUAUGCAUUCAAGUUAGCUUUUUAGACCAGAUUUUGAAUAGUGGAGGAAAAAAGAAACUAUAUAUAUAUGCCAGGGUGAAACCUCCUAAAGAGGAUAAAACUACAGAGUUGUAGACACACAUGCUUGUAAACAAACAUUAGUCGUGAAAUCCUUAGCAACAAGUCACUGGAUUUUUCUCUGUCAGCACGCAUGUCAGCUGCCAAAGAAUAGACUUAAAUGAAGAAGUGCCCACAUGCUGGCAGGGGCCGGCCCACUCUGGCCAGCCGGAUACUGCUAGAUUGUAAUAUUUAAGGUCGAAUUUCGACCUGUGGUACACAGCUGUGCUGUGGCUCAGUCAGCAACCUCAGAACUCUGAAAAAAAAAACUAAACUAAAAAAAAAGAAAAAAAACAUGCACCUGUUUCACUGUGAAUAGUGAAUGUAGAGAGGAAAAACUGAAAGCUUGUUCUAUCACAGGUAUGAGCUGCUAUGAUACAUGAAGAACAUUCCAUGAAGUAUGUUUUAAAACCUUGUUAUAUCUGAGAGGCUUUAAAAGCCGAUUUAACUGUUUCAGGGCAACCGCGGUACAGACGUGGUCUCUGUGAGACUUCCACCUGACCCCAGUUCUAAGUGGUACGAAUGUUGUGCAUUUAAUGUUAUAGGACAGUCUGCAAUAAUAAAGUCAGUAGCCAACGUGGGUGCCCAGCAGUGCUGAGACCUGGCUGCUCUAUUGUAAGCUUUGGAAACACAAUUUAUGCAACAGAUGUCCAGAUAUGAUUCUAUUUAUGGAAAAAGUUUAUAUGUGUUUUACAAAUGGUUUUACCAUCUUAUAUUAAAAAUGACCUUUUGACAGGUGUGCACUGUUUUGUCUCCAGUGAGCACAUACCAUGCGGAUUUUAUAUGUACAUCAGUAGUGUGAAUCCACUGGCACAGUGUGUGCAAAUGCCAGAUGUGGUGAGAUUUUAUCUUGUAAGUGUGAUCAGAUAAAAUAACUCCUGACAGAAACUGUAAGGAAACCAGCUGAAUGUUUGACCUGAUGACUGAUGUUGUAUGGUUUAUGUUAAAUGUAUAUUCUUUUAAUCAAUGAAUAAAACAUUAAAAA